AUGGCGAACACUCUGAACGUGGCAGCCCCAGACGUCAUACGUCUGAUCCUACAAUACUUGAAAGAAAAUAACUUAAUGAGAUCCUUUUACGUUUUGCAGGAAGAAAGCAAUGUAAAACUGAACGCAGUAAGCAACGUGGAAAUGUUGAUAAGAGACAUACACAAAGGUGACUGGAAAAAUGUGCUCUACAGUAUAACAACAAUCGAGCUAUCUGACGAAACACUCAUAAAUCUGUAUGAACAGUUAAUAUGUGAACUUAUAGAAUAUAAGGAAAAUGAGCUAGCCGAAAAGAUAAUGAAUGAAUGCAUUAUAUUUAAAAAAAUGAAAAAGAUGUAUGGAGAAAAAUAUCAAAAAUUGGAAGAUCUUAUCACCAUGAACAGUAAACAUGUUAAUAAAAAUGUUCUCUAUGAUGGCAUAACAAAAGAAGAAAGAAGGAAUAAUAUAUGCAUGAUGAUUAACAAUGAAGUAACUUCAUGUGCACCGUCUAGAUUGUUGGCCCUAUUAGGUAUGGCAUUAAAAUGGCAAAAUCAUCAUAAUCUUAUAAAAAAAAAUAAAGACAAUGACAAUUUUGAUAUCUUUAGAAAUUUAGAGAAAAACGAAUCCAAAGGUAUAGAUGUGUACCCAGAGAGAAUUCUCAAAACUAUAAGUUUUGGAAAAGAAUCAAAUGUAGAAUGUUGUAUAUGUUCAUACACCCACGAUUAUUUAAUUACGGGUUCGUCUGAUGGAUUCAUAGAAGUAUGGAGUUGGCUAACUGGGCAGUUAAACAGCGAUUUAACUUACCAGUCUGAUAAUAACAUCAUGAUGCAUGACAAUCCAAUUGUUGCUUUAUGCAUUAGUAAGGAUGACGAAAUUUUAAUUAGUGGAGAUUCUAAGGGGCUAAUCAAAAUAUGGAAAAUAAAAACGGGUUCUUGCUUAAGAUCUAUUAAUGCACACACAAACGCAGUGACAUCUAUUCAUUUUAAUAAUGAUCAAACACAAAUCUUAACAUCUUCAUAUGAUCUUUCUGUUAAAAUUUUUGGAUUAAAAUCUUUGAAAUGUUUAAAAGAGUUUAGAAAACACUCUACUGUUGUCCACUCAUGUGCGUACUCUUUAGAUAAUUCUAGAGUUAUAUGUGGCACAGAAGAAGGGAAGAUAUUUAUAUAUAAUCAGAAAACCUGUGAGUGUAUUACUUCAUUUUAUGUAUAUUACAAUAUAAAGGAUAAUAUAAUUUUCCCCUCUAUCCAUACCAUCACGUUGUUAACAAAAACGCUAGACGAACUUAUCCUAGUAUGCUCUAAAUCACCCUAUUGUUACCUUAUGAAUUUUAAAGGACAAAUUAUUAAGACUUAUACUUAUUUAGCAGACAAGGUGGAGGAGAACCCUGUGCACUUUGUCUCUGCGUGCCUCUCCCCUAAUUCUAAAUAUGUCUACUGUUUGGCGGAAAACCAGUACCUUUAUUGUUUUAAUUAUAACACCGGCAAACUUGAGACGCAGCUCAAGGUCUUAGAGGAGGACGCCCUCGGAGUGCUCCAUCACACUAACCAGGAUCUCAUGGCCACCUGGGCGCUUGACGGCACGCUGAACUUGAUACAGUAG